CUUUUAAUAAUAAAAAUUGUGAGAUCCAUGUAGUACCAAGUCGGUUAAUUUAUUCAGUUCAUACUUAAGGGAUCUUAUGUCUUAAGUUAUUACGCAAAUAGCUGACCUAACAAAUCUCUUAUAGUGACCAUAUCGAUACUAAAAAUGUUUUAUGUUUUAAAUAAACAGAUUGACUUGGCCAUCGCACUAAACAAUCUAACUUAAUAUAAUAUGUGUUACGUGUGAGAGACAUCGCGUUCAUAGAAUUGCCAUUUAAACAAUUGCAUAGAUUUUAUGCGAAUAAUUUAAAUAGGAAAUAAUAUGCCCUUUUACUGAUAAGGGUUAACAUAUAACAGAUAUUGAACCAUGUAUAUUCAUUUAAAAAACAUUUAUAUUUGAUAGUUCUCUGAACUCGCAAUUUACCAAUGACUUGACAAUUAAAUACAAUGCCACAUUUCCUGUUUAAAUACUUAGUUUAUUAUCUUGUUUUUGUAUACAUAAUCUGUAGACACAAGGUUUUUUUGCCGUCAGUCGUAAUUAUGCCCUUGCUUAAAUUCAACGUGUUGCUCGCACUCUAUUUGGGUGCUGUUAAAUCUCAAGCACCUCUAAACUUUACGGAACUUACGCAACUAAAUGGAUACCAAUCUGAGGAGCAUACAGUGGUUACAGAAGAUGGAUAUGUGCUGACACUGUAUAGGAUAGCUAAAGGUGCCAAGUGUAAAGAGAAGAAUAAGGAGACACCGGUGUUCUUCAUGUCUCCAUUGCUGGCCGCCGCUGAUACGGCGAUCGAGGCUGGACCAGAUGUAGCAGUACCGUACCUGAUAUCAGACGCCUGCUUCGACACUUGGGUCGGAAGCCCUCGAGGCACUUAUAAUGGCCGAAAACACGUGCGACUAGAUCCUGAUAAAGACAAGGAGUUCUGGAACUUCUCUGCAGACGAAAUCGGCACUUACGACGUACCUGCAAUGGUCAAUUAUGUGUUGAAGUAUACAAAAACGGAGAAGUUGGUGUAUAUUGGAUUUUCUCAAGGAGGAGGAUCAUUUUUUGUCAUGUGUAGUGAAAGACCUGAUAUGUGCAAGAAGGUUAAGCUUAUGAUCGGUCUCGCUCCAGCAACAAGACAUUGGUACACGAAAUCAGUUUUCUUCAGAUUACUGUUCAAGAGUGUUGAGGAUAACCUAGAUGUGUUCGAUGAUUUGCGCAUUUGGGAAAUCUUGGGAAGAGAUCAAGUGACAACAACAUUAAGUGUUGUGUGUCGGAACAAUUUGAAGCUGUGUGAGUGGUUAGUUUCUGUUGUAGAUUCCCCGCAUCCAGGCUCAGUGGCUGAAUCAACAUAUAGGAGUAUGUUAGAUCGGUUCCCAGCAGGGACUUCAGUGCAAAAUAUGGUGCGAUUCAGUCAAAGUUGUCGGAGUAAAAAGUUUGUUAAAUUCAGCUAUGGGACUAAGAAAAACCUACAGAUUUACGGUACUCCAGAUCCUCCGGAAUACAAUUUAACAGCUGCAGAUGUACCUGUUGUACUUAUGGUGGGAAAAAAUGAUGGAAUAGUGGAUGUAAGGGAUAUAAAAUGGUUGGCUAGUAAAUUACCAAAUGUGAAAGAAACAGUGAUAGUGAAAGAUCCUGAGUGGAAUCACGUGGACAUGUUUUAUGGUCAAUUAAUUAAGGUGAUGAUUUUCCCUAAAAUUUUGGAUUACCUGAUUCGUUAUAACGAAAUGUGACAAUGGAAUAAUUUUUGUAGUAAAAUUUUAUGUAAGUAGAAGUAUGUGCAAGACUGGAUAUACUAUAUUACUAACCUAGCCGUUUAAGUGUAAAGGUUACAUUCGAAUGGCAACUGCAGCUGAAUUAUUGGAGGUCAAAGUCACGUGACAAUUUCCAUUAAUUAUUUAUGUUUCGUUUAAUGUUUUCUAUUGUCGUUUCGUUUAACAAUUGUCACCCUGGCUAGGGCCUUUGAUGCCGCAAUUGUCACCCUGGCCGCAUUACUGCUACGACCUUGAUACGGGCGCGACCUUGAUAUCCUUGAUAAAAAUAAAUAAGUGAAAGAUUGAAUGUUCAAAUCGCGGCAGUAGUGCGGCUAUGUCAGGUCACUAAUAUUAUAGAUAAAAUUAAUUGACAGUGGGCCGAACUUCAAAUAAAUCUACACCGGCUCUAACCCUACACCUCUGACCCGAGAAGAUUUAAAUCCCCCCUCAAUUGGAGGAGGGUAUCCCAAUAUGGACAAUAACAAUACGACAAAUAUUAGGUCUAGAUACGAUAUGGAUCGGAUAUUUGUAUCAAAAUCGACGUUUUUGUUGGAAGAAACGUCAGUUUUGACACUGAUAUAUCCGAUCCAUAUCGUAUCUAGACUCGUAUUUGACGUAUCUUAUCGAAUCGGACCGAGUAGCAGCGCCUGCAUGAAGGCCGCAGCAGUAAUGCCGCAACGCAACAGUAAUGAAACUGCAGUUCACCUUAAUUUUAACUAAAGUACAGCACAUUUGAGUUAGAAAUAGAAUAGAAUCGCUAUUUCAGUUUUUUAAUAGACUUUUUAUUACUUUAAAAUCUCGA